GUGUGUGUGUGUGUGUGUGUGUGUGUGUGUGUGUGUGUGUGCUCCCCGGCUAUAAAAGCUCCACUGUAAUGGGGGGCGCCGUGCUGCAGAGGAGCUCAAGUGUUCGUCAGAGAAAGAAACAGACGAAACAGAAGACUGCACUUGCCUUCCCCUGGCUACUCUGUCUUCUCUGUAUACGCUGUAAUCAUGACCAGAAACCUGCUGAAGAAUCCCAGUGGGGAAGAACAGCUGGAAUUCUGGGAGCUGACGGAGAACGGCGGGAGUCAGUGGAAGGUGGAGGAAAUGCCGGGAGACUGUGGCUUCGACUUCUGCGUCGACGGAGUGACCAAAUACUUUGCAACCUCCUUUGAGCUGUGUCUGAAGAGACAGGUGAUCGACCUGUUAGCGGAGGAUUACUCUGGCGACCAGCUGGACGCUCAGCCUGCCGUCACAGUGGAAGACUGGUACUGCGGGAGGUCGGAUUGCGGCUGCAGCUACCAGAUGACGGUGUGUCUGCUGGAUGAGAGCCAGGAGGUCAUGCAGGAGUUCAAACCGGAGCCGGUGACUCUGGACCCUGACUCUGACGACUGCUCGUGGAAGCAGGUCAACCACACAUUCUCUGACUACGGCCCUGGGAUGCGUUUCAUCACCUUUGAACAUGGAGGACAAGACGCCAAAUUCUGGGACGGCUGGUUUGGAGUCCGAGUCACCGGGAGCUCUGUUACUGUCGAGGUCUGAGCGAGAGGAGAGAGGAGAAGGGAACCAAGUAGUUAGGAACCCCUAAAGGUAAAGGAGGGGACGGAGAACUAGAGUAAUAUCAGGGCUCCAGGGUGGAGUGGAGCUCUCCAGGCUUCAAGAGGACCAGCUUUGCCUUGUGCACCUCGCUUACACCUCUGUAUAUCAUAAUGCUGUUCAUGCUGUGGAAACAUACUGCUGCGAUGAAGACUGUACUUAGAAAUCUGGCUCAGCAGCUUUACUAACUUUAAAAUAUAUUAAAAUUACUGCUUGCAACACAGUCGUUAAUAUGAUCUGUUAACUCCUACCUCUGCACAGUGACAGCACGGUAGCUGUUAAACUAAAUGACAUGUUUGGUGGCUGGUGGCUGGUUUAACAUUCAAACUGGAAUUAAAAUGAUUAAAGAAACUACAUCAUUG